AUGACGCAGUACCUUAUUGCUAUUGCUGCUGCAGCUUUGUGUGCGUCGCCGUAUCGAUGGUACCGCGUGUUGCAGCAGCGGCUGCCGCUGCUGCUGCUGAGUCUGUGCGUUGCUACUGGUGCUGGCGCUGCUGUUGCUUCUUUGGGUUGCUGCUGCUGCUGCUGUGACAGCUACCGCUGUUGUUGGUGCGUGCCUUUCGAAUUGCUACUUAGGCAACAAGACUAUCAACUUCAAGAACUCUCUCAAAGCGCUGAGCGUCUGCAUGAAACCGCCUGCACAAUUAAUCGUGAACUCGAAGACCAACAACGCAUGCUGGACGAGUUAGAUGAAAAUCUGGAUCAGCAGGCCGCGCAAAUGAACUUCCUCCUGAGACGCAUGGGGCGGGUCCUCAAGACCAACAAUGUGCGGCAGUUAUGUUUAAUACUCUGGCUGAGCGGCCUGGCGUUACUUCUCUUUCUGUUGCUCAUUAUCACGUAA